AGGCGAGGCGGAGAACAUGAUUGGACGAAGCCAUCACGUGGCGAACGGGGCUGAAAUCGGUGUGGCGUUUUGCCGCUCUUAAGAGGCGCGAGCGGGUUUCAGAGACCAAGAGUCCAGCCUCUCUUUCCCUACAACCACUGAUUGGCCCCACUCAGGAAAGAAAGAAAACAACUAAAGAAUAAGCAUGGGUAACGGGAUUGAAGGCUGCUGUGAGGUCCAGCAAUACAAGGACGGUCACGCUCCUCCCUACACGUCCUACAAAAGUUAACUUUCCCCAUCGUCUUGUGAUUAUGAUUUACACCGCUUUCACUAGAAACUUGCUUAUUUCUAGUUUCUGGCAAAAAUGACUCCAUAUAGAACAAUAGAGUCAUUUAAUGACAGCAGCAUUUGCUUUAUGACUACAGCUUUUGCUUAACGACCACUGCAAAAAAGGUCUCAAUGAAAAGAUGGCAAUGAAACUAUUGGGAUUCCUGGCUAGAUCUUCAUAUACAAUAAGCCAGUGCCGAUACUUCCCUACAUAUGGAUAUUUAGCAUCAAGCAACAACUUGCUAUCAGUAAAUAGAUAUCUCAGGCUCUGCAUCCCAGAGGCAACUCCUUCUAAUUUUACUAGCAAUUGCAUGAACAAUUCAAACUGGUUCAGUCCACAAAUUACUAUUGGUGCUACAGCAAAAAUUAUCAAUUACUUGACUAUGGAUGCUUGUCUUUCAUCCAGAGAACUUCAUCCUCUUAAAGCUUCAAUUUUUAAGCAGAAAUUAAAACAUAUAAGAAUACUUACUGGAAUACCCAAUAGACAUUAUUCAGUUUUAUCGCCUAGUAAACUUCAACCAAAUCAAGAUAUUGUACCAGUUAAGCGUCUACCAAAAGCAUCAAGGACCAAGCAGCCAUCAAGAAUUAAUCUGCCACUACCAUCUGAAGCUAAGGAUGUGAUGCAAUGUAUAGCCUUUGCAACAGCAGAUGCCUAUCAUCUUGGUAAUCUAUGCCUUGACCUGGUCUCAUCUGGAUAUGUUGAAAUCACAUUACCUAGAGAUGCAGCAAAUGUUUUGGUGGUUGGCACAGAAAAGACAGCCAAAGAUCAUGAUUUGGGGAUCAUAUUUUUCUUCAACAAAAAGUCCAUAAGGGGUUUCCAGUCGCUAACAAAUAUAGUUAACCCUAACCAAACAAAUCAAUUUUGCCCUCUUCAAAUUCUGUCAUCUUCACCAACAUUCCUUCAUUCUAGGGAAGGGUCUGUUGUGUUUUGGAAUGUUGAAGAAAAAACAAUAAAGAAUAUUUUUCGAAAGCUGGAAAAACAUGAGGUCCAGCCUUAUGAAAUUGCGCUAGUUCAUUGGGAAAAUGAAGAGAUCAGCUAUAGAAGAGGAGAAGGGCAGUCAAAACUUCAUAGAGGAGAAAUCUUGAUAAAUUCAGAAUUAGAAAUGGACGAUUUCAUUUUAGAGAAGUUUGCUUUUUCCAAUGCUCUCUGCCUUUCUGUAAAACUGGCCAUUUGGGAAGCAUCAUUGGAUAAUUUUGUAGAAUCUAUUCAAUCAAUACCUGAGAUGCUUAAAUUAAGAAAGAAACUGAAACUGUCUCAUGCUGAUGUUAUGCAGAAAAUUGGGGAACUGUUUGCCUUGAGGCAUCAUAUAAAUCUGAGUUCUGAUCUGUUGAUUACCCCAGAUUUCUACUGGGACAGAGAACAUCUUGAACAACUGUAUGAUAAAAUGCAUCGGUUUCUCAGUAUUGAUCGCAGAGUUAAGGUAGUAAAUGAAAAGCUGCAGCAGUGCACAGAACUGACAGAUCUGAUGAGAAAUCAUUUGAAUGAAAAACAUGCUCUGCGCUUGGAAUGGAUGAUAGUAAUACUCAUCACAAUAGAGGUCAUGUUUGAACUUGGAAGAGUGUUUUUCUAAUACCAGGAGUACAUUGCAACAGACAUUUUACAAGACUAGUCGCUAUCCGAGCAACAGGUUUAUUGGACUUCAACUUUGUCCAUUUUGGAAAGUGAGCAAAUGUCACGAUAAAUUUAUGGACAUUUGCUACAAAAUGUUGGGAGUCACUGCAUUUAAUUUCAUAUUUCAUCAGUUACUAUGUUUUCGUGGAAUUCAUGGUGUAAAAACAUGAGGCUGGUUUUCUAUUUUAUGAAUGCAGAUUAUCUGUUACAUUACAGGAAAAGAAUAUACAGUAUAUACGACAUUAAGCAGUUUUCUGUAUAUAAGCUGUACAUUUUUUCACAAUACAUUCAAUAGAAUUAAGAAAAAUAUGUAUAUAAUAUGCCUUUUAGUAUAUGGGGAGCCAAUGCAUAGAAAACCUAAUCCUAAUGUUGUUCAUUUAUGACGGAAGAGUUAAAAUUAAAAGUUUUCAGCUAAAACAGUACCUGUCUUUGGAACUGCUUAAUCACGAAGAUUUUAUAAAUUCAGACAUGUUUCUUCAAGAAGCAAGAGAAGUUUAAUCAAAGCAAUGUCUUUGACUGUAUUGCCUUAGACAAAUUUCCCUUAGUAACCAUUAUGGAUGUAUGAACACCAACUGAAAAACUGUGAAAUAAAAUAAAUGAUUGUAAGAAAUGCAUUAAUUUCUUUAAAGCAAGAUUAAGGUCUCUCAAAUCCAAAAUCUUUUGACUAGAUACAUCAGAAAACUCAUGAAAGCUUUAACUUCACACCCAGAAUCUGGUUCUCAAGUAACAUUCCAAAAUGUAUCAUGAAUACAGUUGUCAAAUUUUAACAUUUUUAUAAGAGUUUAAAAGAAGUUUGCUCUUUAAUUUCAGAAAAUGGGAAGAAUUGUUGUAAUUGAACCUACUGCUGAAAUUUUAUGAUGGGAAACAAAAAAUAUACCGAUACCUCUGUUCAUAAUUUUGUUUUUUAUACAGUGCACGUUUUAAAAUAAAAAGCCCAAAGCAUU